AUGAAUGCACAAAUUGUUUAUAUUGGACUUGGAAACCUGCCUGAUUUCAGAUUUAUUUUUAUUAUAUGUGUUUGUACAGGUCCCUGUCAGGAAGACUGGGUGUUUUAUGAAGACUCAUGCUACUUUCAGCCUUUAACAAAGAAGAGCUGGCAAAUUGCUGAGAAAACCUGUGUGGAGAAAGGAUCACAAUUAGUGGUUGUCAAUGACCUGCCUGAGCUUGACUUCCUGUCUUCAAUCGUGAAGUUGUCUGAGAGCUACUGGAUCGGGCUUGUUGAGAAAAAAGAGGGACAAUGGAGCUGGGUAGAUGGAACAGACUAUAGUACUACUGAACACCACUGGGAUGUAGGUCAACCAGAUGACUGGGAUGUCCGUGUGAAUGGUGAGGAUUGUGGGCAGCUUCACGCUCGGAUAACUGUGGACAGACGGAGGCUGUGGAAUGAUGCGGACUGUACGCUUUCUUUCCCUUACAUCUGUGAGGGCAAACCCAAGAGCCAAUGACAAACAUCAACUAACCUCCUAAAUCACUUACUAAAUCACUUCCUUAAGCUGGGCUUUUGUCUCUUUUUCCAAUAAAAAUAUCUAAACUUCCUUAAAA